AUGAUGGGUUUGAGAGUCCUCUUCCUCGGGCUCCUGCUUCUCUCUGCUGAGCUGCUGGCACAGACUGGCAAAGGUGCAGGCAAACGUCGCUGCAAACUUUCUCCGGCCUAUGGGCCCUGCAAGGAAGUCCUGCGCAAAUUCUACUAUGACACUGGACAGAAGAAGUGCAUGAGCUUUGUGUAUGGGGGCUGCAAGGGGAAUAACAACCGGUUUGAAACUAAAAAGGAAUGCAAGCUUGUUUGUGAGAAGAAAGAUCGCUGCAGGCUUCCUCCGGACACAGGCGACUGCAAGGAAAACCACAUCAAAUACUACUAUGACCUGGCAUCCAACAAGUGCAUAGAAUUUGUGUAUGGGGGGGUGGGGGUGCAAAGGGAAUAA